CCCCGACCCCCUUUUCACAGGGGCCCUUGGAGCGGCCCUGCAGGCAGAAAUUCAGCAGGUGAGAAGCGGAGGGUCACCUGUCCUGGCCAGGUUGGAGAAGAAACCGAGCAAGCUCCGGAUGGCCAGCGCUGGUCCCGAGAGGCCGCAGGUGUGGGCGAUGGAGCCCUUCCGCCUAGCCCAAUAUCCACCAGCGGCCUAUUAUGUUCCGGACUUCAUCAGUGAGGGAGAAGAGCAAUACCUGUUGCAGCAAAUUUAUAAUGCACCGAAGCCCAAGUGGACACAGCUGUCCGGCAGGAGACUGCAAAAUUGGGGAGGGCUGCCCCACCCGAAGGGGAUGGUGGCAGAGAAAUUGCCCCCCUGGCUGCAGCGUUACGUGGACCGCGUGUCCUCCCUCGGGGUCUUCGGAGGAAAGGCAGCCAACCAUGUCCUGGUGAACGAAUACCAACCUGGCCAGGGCAUCAUGCCGCACGAAGACGGCCCGCUGUAUUAUCCUACUGUUACCACCAUCAAUUUGGGGUCUCACACUCUCCUCGACUUCUACCACCCCGUUACCGGAGAAGCGCCACCCGAAACCCAAAAGAAUUCGGCCCCGCAGACCGAGGAGCAGCGCCACGCCUUCUGCUUGCUUCUGAAGCCCCGCAGCCUCCUAAUCCUGCAGGAAGACAUGUAUGUGCGCUACCUACAUGGUAUCCGCCCCGUCACGGCGGACACCGUCACGCAGAAAGUGGCUAAUGCCAGCCUGUGUGGCUGUGACUUUGGGGACACGCUGCCUCGUCAGACCCGGGUGUCUCUCACCAUCCGCCACGUCCCCAAAGUGCUGAAAACGUCCAUUAUUCUCGGCCAGAGGAAGUGACCGGCGUAUUGCACGGCGGGGGUGGCGCCCCCAGGAGGCGGUGAGAGGGAAUUGGUGCAAGCCCCCCCACUCAAGAUCACCCCGUGGAACUGUAAAUGGGACAUAAUGCAGUUCCAAACGGACGUCAGCAAGCUUGGGCUAAACAAUGCUUUUGUUUUUUCCCCAGCAUGCCUAAACUAUGCAAACAAACACCCAAAAUUGUAUACAGUUUAUUCGGCUUCGUCUAAUUAAGUCAAGGAUGAAAAGGUUUCAAAGCCUUGCCCUCCGGCCGCUGUUCAAACAUUUUCCAGGAUUUAGGUUCUCCAGGUGUGGCUGGAAAAUUACGCUUACCGUCAGAAAGGAGGA